CUUCGCCAUCGUGCAUUGUACGCCUGAGUCGACUUCUCACCAUGUCUUCUCCCAAGACUUUCAGAAUCAAGCGAUUCUUGACCAAGAAACAAAAGCAAAAUCGUCCUAUUCCUCAGUGGAUUCAGAUGAAAACCAGUAACAAAAUCAGGUACAACUCCAAGAGAAGACACUGGAGAAGAACCAAGCUGGGCCUGUAAGAAUUCACACAAUCAAUGGCAAGAAUUGAGUUUGCACUGAAUCAUGGUCAACGCAAGCAAAGCUACCAGAUGACACUUAACAUUUUUGACCUGGAGAUUUGGUCAUAUUUAAGUUGGGAAUGAUUUGUCCAGUAAUAAAAAAUAUAGAGCCUUUCAAA